AUGCUUGGACGACUCACCCACUACGCAUUCGAUGCGGUGCUCUUCUCCGCCUUUCUGGCCGGCGUCAAACGCUCUACUGGUCUCACGUAA